CUUUGUACAAAACCAAGGAAGUUCGAACGUACAAGACGAGAGCCGCAGAAAACGAGACAUCUUUCAUGAAACCACACGCAAAGCUCUUACUGUAAACUCAACAACAACCACUCUCGUCUAGUCGUCUUCAACUUUGAAUCUUAUCGAUGGCCACACACACUUUCUCAUUCCUCCAAAUUUCUCCGCUUGUCGUUCAAUCGAACCGCCAUAAGCCUUGUAUAUCUCUCCGAUUGAAUCCUUUGUUAGGAAAUCAGCUCUUAAUUGGACGUUUGAGUUCGACGCACUUGGUUCUCAAGUGCCAUCGAUCGACGACUGCUACUGUGCUGGCCAAUCUCCAAACCUCGAAGGAAGAGAAAGCUUCUCAAGAGAAAAUACCAAAAUGGUCAGCGAAGGCAAUAAAGUCUCUUGCUAUGGCGGAAUUGGAGGCCAGGAAGCUCAAGUAUCCAAAUACUGGAACUGACGCUCUUCUAAUGGGCAUUUUGUCUGAGGGAACCAGUCUGGCCGCCAAGUUUUUGAGAACUAACAGAAUUACUCUUUUCAAGGUGCGAGAAGAAACAAUAAACUUACUCGGAAAAUCUGACAUGUAUUAUUUCAGCCCCAACCGUCCUCCAUUAACUGAACAAGCUCAAAGUGCAAUUAAUUGGGCUGUUGAUGAGAAACUGAAGUCAGGUGCAAGUGGAGAACUUACACCCGAUCAUAUACUUCUGGGGAUUUGGGCAGAAAAAGAAUCUGCUGGUCACAAGAUCAUGGAAUCUCUAGGUUUUGAUGAUGAGAAGGCAAAAGAACUUGCCAAAACAAUGAAUGAGGACAUUGCUCGUAGCUAGAAAUAGAAAGGAAAAGUUUUUUUUUAUCAUGGAGCAUAACCAACUUGUCCUCUAAUUGAGCUUCAGGAGAGUGCAAAGAUUAAUCAGUUUGCUGUAAAGAUUUUCUGAGCUGCUUUAUUGACUCGAGGAAACUGAAUGACAGUUUUUCUUUCUUUCAAUUCUGGGACAUUGUACAUGAAGAAUUUGUUUUUUUUUUACAACCAAACAACGUGUGAAAGUGAUGAACAGCAGUUUUGUUGUGCGAGGGAUGAGAUGAGAUAUAGCUAGCACUUUGUUCUGAACGCUUGCGAUUAAAAUGGGGUAUAUGAUUUUUCUUAUUUUAA